AUGGAAGAGUGGUGGCCCAAUUUGGAUGAAGGGAUUCUUUCUCAUUUGCAGCGCGUUUUCGUGACUCCUCUUCGUUUAGAUGCUGCUUUUGACUAUGAUGAAGAAAUUGCCAUUUUACUCGAAUCUGAAUUCCCUGACAUUCUUCCUGAAGAUGUGCUGGAUUCAGUUGCAGUCUUGUCACAGUGGAAGGAGGAGAUGGCCAGGCCUUUGAAGCGCGCACGUGCAGAGGUCGUGAGAGGCGCGUUGUUUCGGCUGCCAUUGCAUGGGCAACUCACUGUGCAGGAAGAAUUUUCCAGGCUCACCCGUACAAGUGCAAUUUGCAUACUUGAGAUGCAUGUCAAACAGAAGCAGAAGAGAUACAGAGAAGAUCCUGCUGAUGCUCGGACAAAGAGGUAUGAAUCGGAGUGCAGGAAGUACUCGAAUUUGCUGGCUCAGAUCAUCAUCCAAGCCGGGCUCCCUAUCGCUGAGCUUGUGAGAACGCUGGAGGACCCUCGGAGUGGCUGGUUGCAUUUGUUUGCUGCAAGGCGUGGGAACACCCUGAAGAAUAGGUACAAAGUUUGGAAGCCAUUUGAACAGUGGUUGGAAUGGAACCGUGGGUACCUUUAUCCCAAAGGGGUCAGGGAUGCCAUCGACUAUUUGCAGCAUAGAGUGGAUGACGGUUGUGGGAAGACAGUUCCGCAAUCAUUGCAUGCGGCCAUUUCUUUGAUCGAACAGCUCGGGAGAGUCCCCAGCGAUGUCAGGAUCUCAGAGGAUCCAUUGUGGAUUGGACACAUCAAGUCCUGGGCGGCGGAGUUGGCAGAAGAUGCAGCACCCAGGAAGCCUGCUGAGAUGUAUACAGUUGCAAUGUUGAUUUCUUUGGAGCUGACCAUUGUCGACGAAGCUGAACAGCUGUACACCCGUGCACUCUCCUGGAUUGUUUUGUGCAUGGUCUGGGGGGCGAUGAGAUGUGAUGACAUGCAAUCCGCAUUGCCUCACAGGUCUAUUUUAUCCAACUUUGGAUUGCGUUUGGUUUUGGGGCGCUCGAAAACAACAGGCCCCGAUAAGCCCCAGAAGGAGGUGUCGGUCCACGUGCUGAGGACCACUUCGUUGACUGGGGAGGAUUGGCUGAAGGUGGGUUUUGACAUUUGGUCUGCAGACCCUUUCAAUUACAAGCGUGAUUACAUGGUGAUGGAGCCCAACAAAGGAUGGGAUGGAGUGAAAAGGAAGUUCUUGGCCCCUGCUGGACUGAGCAGUGCAGUCUCCAAGCUCCUUGGAGGCCUUGCAGUCCCGCGGAGAACCGCCCUGGGCUGGGAACUGAUGCCGGCCCAGCAUUUGCUGCCGGAUGGGCUUGAGUCAUUUUUCAGUGGGCACAGUCCACGGAACUUUGUGACUUCGGUGGCUGCAGCCUUGGGUUUUUCCAAGGACGAGCGGGCAUACCUUGGAAGAUGGAGCAUGGGGAUGGUGUCCUCUGAGGAGUAUGUGCGCACCUCCCGUCAGGUGAUUUUCAAGAUCCAGAAGACCGUCAACAAGUCCCUGGUCGAUGGAUCAGGGGACCCAUUUUACGAAGAUGAGACCAUUGGCAAGCUUUGUGAGUUUGCCUCAGCAUCUGGGGCAAAGCCCAAUCGAAUUAAAAAGAGGCACUCAGUGCUGGUGUAUGGAGUACCUGGUGGAUCUCCUUGUCUUGGUGGAGUGUACCCAACGCUUCAGGUGUUGCCGGAAGAUUGGGAUGAGAAUGAUGACGGAGACGGCACUGAGAUGGACCUGGCAGAAAAGGUCGCUUCGCAUGCUGCAAAGGAGGCAUUGGCAUCACAGCAUUUGGGGAAGUAUUUCAUUACCAUUUCUCGGAGGACAGCGCUCCGACGGUUGCACAUGGCUGGAUGUUUUGUGAAGCCCGAUCGGUGCUGUGAAGUUUCUUUCAUGGAUGAGGUCCAGCAGGACUCUUUUGAUGCAAUCUGUCAGGCUUGCAAGAAGAGGAUGCUGGCUGAGUGUGGAAAGGAUCCUUCAACUGCUCUAGGGCCUCCUGUCACGGUCGCAAUGGACCCUGCUGCUCAGAGGGAGUUUGUCAAGGAUCACAUGGAUUCAGAUCUGCAGUUCAUACUUGGUGACAGCGGUGUUUCCCUGCUUAAUCAGGUUGCAAUUGCGAGGCACUACGGAACACUCAGGAAGUUCAACGCGUUGGGGGACGACAGAGCAGCGAUUAGAACAGCUUGUUUGCAAGAUUUUGCCAUCAGUCCUGAUAGCCCUGAAAGCAGGUCACAGAUUGCUUCAAUCGUUUCUUCUUGGGAGACAGCGAAAGAGUAUCUUGCAAAAGAACUGGAACUGAGAGCGGAGGCCAAGGUGCUUGGACAACCUAGGAUUCUCCAGAUCCACGAACGUCAGGCGAUGCUGAGGGCUGUCGAGGCCUUACAUGGGUCUUUGGGGGAUUCAGAAUGUCCGGCUGCAGACUAUUUGAGUUUGAAGGCAGAAGAAACAGAGGCAAACGAACCCACUGCCUCGCCAUUAGAUGAGAUCAUCAGCAAGCUUGCUUCAGCGAGCUCCUCCAUUCAAUCAACUGUUGAUGGCACAGGCCAUAUACGGGUUACACGUACCAAGACGAAGUCGAAGAUGCCAUCUACGACUGAAGAAUACCGUAAGGUGAUGAAAGUUGAGAUGUUCUCAUGGUUGGCAAUGGCAUCAAGGUACAAAUCAAAGCACUGGCUUCAUGGACUCACUGCAGAUCCUUUCUUGAAGUUUGUUGAGUAUGUGUUGGGAGAUCGGGUGUACGGUAUCCAGAUACCAACAUCGGAAGGGGCACAACAGAAGCUCCGCCCUGACUGGGCAAUUGUGCUGGCCUAUGAGCAGAAACUCCGGAAGGAGGCUAUGAGGCGAGUUAUGGAGGGCCACACACUUGCCGACGCUCUCAACUCAGUAAUCAAAGAUGCAGACUUGAAAGAAGCUUAUUUCACAACCCCUGUUGCUUUGAAGGCCUCACUGAGUGACGCACAACCCAACAAAUGGCAGAGGUUCAAUUCAAAGGGUUCUUUCAGCGGCAAGUCUUCUCCAAGUUUUGCCAAAGGCAAAGGGAAGGGCAAGGGAAAAUCCAAGUCCUCGAAUCAGGCUGACAGUCGUUUGAAAGGGCUCAAUUUGGCUUGGCGUACACCUGACAACAGGGAAUUAUGCUUCGCGUGGAACUCAGGGGAUUGCCCAGGCACUUGUGGAAGAGUUCAUCAAUGUCGUGUCAAGGGCUGCUAUGCUGAUCAUAAAGCGAUAGAGCACAAGCAGAAGAAGGACUCUUGA